AUUCCUUCCACAUUGCCGGCUUGUUCAUUGUGAGAGAAUGUCCGCAUUUUACGAAGACAGACCUAGAGACAAUGGCCCCGAAGGAAUGGAGCCUGAUGGAGUCAUUGAGAGUAACUGGAAUGAGAUUGUUGAUAGCUUUGAUGAAAUGAACCUGCGGGAGACUCUUCUAAGAGGAAUCUACGCCUAUGGUUUUGAAAAGCCUUCUGCCAUCCAGCAGAGAGCUAUUCUACCUUGUAUCAAGGGUUAUGAUGUUAUUGCACAGGCUCAGUCUGGAACAGGAAAAACUGCCACAUUUGCAAUUUCAAUUUUGGAGCAAAUAGAUAUUGAAAUGAAGGCAACCCAGGCUUUAGUUUUGGCACCUACCAGAGAGCUUGCCCAGCAGAUCCAGAAGGUCAUUUUGGCUCUAGGCGACUAUAUGGGUGCCAGCUGUCAUGCUUGUAUUGGGGGGACCAAUGUCCGUAAUGAAGUGCAAAAACUGCAAGCAGAGGCCCCUAAUAUUGUGGUGGGGACUCCAGGCAGAGUCUUUGAUAUGCUUAACCGCAAAUACCUCUCUGCAAGGUAUAUCAAGAUGUUUGUUCUUGAUGAGGCCGAUGAAAUGUUAAGUCGUGGAUUUAAAGACCAGAUCUAUGAGAUUUUCCAGAAGCUUGCUUCUAAUACACAGGUGGUACUUCUGUCAGCCACUAUGCCUGCUGAUGUAUUGGAGGUGACAAAGAAGUUCAUGCGGGACCCAGUCAGAAUCUUGGUAAAAAAAGAGGAACUGACCUUAGAAGGUAUUCGCCAGUUCUACAUCAAUGUUGAAAAAGAGGAAUGGAAGCUGGACACACUUUGCGACUUGUAUGAAACUCUCACCAUAACUCAGGCUGUAAUAUUUAUUAAUACAAGGAGGAAGGUUGAUUGGCUGACGGAGAAGAUGCAUGCAAGGGAUUUCACAGUUUCUGCCCUGCAUGGUGAUAUGGACCAAAAAGAACGAGACUUGAUCAUGCGUGAGUUUCGUUCUGGCUCCAGUAGAGUCCUCAUUACAACAGACUUGUUGGCAAGAGGCAUUGAUGUACAGCAGGUAUCUCUAGUUAUCAACUAUGAUCUCCCAACAAAUCGGGAAAACUACAUUCACAGGAUUGGCCGAGGAGGCAGAUUUGGCAGAAAAGGAGUAGCAAUUAAUAUGGUGACAGAAGAUGACAAACGCACCCUGCGAGACAUAGAGACAUUCUACAAUACAACAGUAGAGGAGAUGCCAAUGAACGUUGCUGACUUAAUCUAAAAACUGUUGUGCUGCUUUACCAGUCCUGUCACAACACCCCCCUCCCCCCCAAAACCCCAUUAACCCCAUUCUCCUGUUCCAGUUCAUUUGCAGCAAUGACAAGUGUGCUGUAUCAAAUUCAAUAUUACAAAGUUUUGACUAGAGAAAGGAAAACAUCAAACUGGGCUUUUCAUAAUAAACUGCCUUAGCAGUGUGGAGAAUUUUUUUUUUUUUUAACUGGUUCUUGGACUUUCAUCUAACCUUACCUCAUGAAAUUGCUGGAUGCCCUUGCUACAAGUGCUGCUUUAAUGGCAGUGCCAAUACCCCCCCAGUUCUAUAAAUACCUAACUUGGGAAGUUUCUUCUGUGUGUGUGCGUGUUUUCUGUGGAGCAACCAUCAGGGAGCAUGCAUUGAUCAAAGCUUAUAUUUGCACUAUAUGCCUAGGUGUGACUCGAGGCUUUGCACAUUGAGGGAUGAUGGUGGUGGGGAGGUUUAUUAAUAAUAAAGGAUUCAAACUCUGCCCAGUAUAUACAGAAGUGUUUCUGUGGACAUUGGAAGUUCAUAUUUUCAACAAAUUCUGGUGAGAGUACCUAGCAACAGGUAAGGGUAGGUAGAUUUUUUUUUUCCCCUCUCCUUUGUGGAGAUGUGGCAAAUGUCCUGAGCCAUACUGUCAAACACUUUUCACUUCCUUUUCUAUGUUUGUCUUUUUGUUGUGUUCUGUCACCUUUAUCGGAAGAUUUCUAGAUUGUUGGUCUAGAAACUAUAUAGAGCAAGAUUUUUGGGGUUUGCUUUGGAAAUAGAUGCACAGAAUUGAUCUAGAGGAGCUGAGAAAGAUUAACCUUUUUUUUGGUAGUAAUGCACUUGCACCACUUUGUCUUCCUUUCUGUCUCCUUUUAGGGAAAAAGUAACCAUGGCAAAUUAGAGAAUUAUUGCUUGCAGCUAUUUUGCAUGCACUUGUCAGGUGUGAGUAAUUUGCCAUUUGUUGUCUUCAAGUAGUGCAGAGCAGUGUUUUUAGGCAAAUCUCUGCCGGUGGGAAGAGGGUGAUUUGUGCAUUAAUAAA